GAGCAGCGAGGUCAGAGGUCAGAGGUCAAGGAGCCGCCCCGCCCCCCAGAAGGAUGUCCGCCGCCCCGCGCGCCCCGGAGCAGGACGAGAUCCUGAUCGUGAAGGUGGAGGAGGACUUCUGGGAGGAGGCGGCGCCCCCGGAGGCGGAGGACCCCAGCCGGGAGACCUCCCGGCGGCGGCUCUUCUGCUGCCCGGAGGCGGCGGGGCCGCGGGAGACGCUGAGCCGCCCGAGGCUGCGGCCCGAGCUGCGCUCCAAGGAGCAGAUCCUGGAGCUGCUGGUGCUCGAGCGGGAGGCCGUGGAGCUCGCGGACGGGCUGCAGCGCCGGACCCGGACCCGGACCCGGACCCGGACCCGGACCCGGACCCGGAGGCAGCGGGGCCUAGAGACUCUCCCUGAUGCUGCAGUGUCCCGAGUGGCAGAGGAGCAGUCCUGGAAAUGCCAGUUUGAGACCCAGCCAGAAGACCUGUCCCUGGGGAAAGGGGCUUGGAACUCCAGCCAACAGGCCCCAACCCAGCUCAGCCACAGAUCAAAAAGAGGCCCCAGGCUCUGGAAAAAGAGGGGCCCAGCCGCCCCCCGCCGUCCGGAAACAGCAGCACCGGGCACGUCGUUCCUUGCAGCCUGGUCCCAGGUGCCGAUGACCUUGGAGGACAUGGCCAUGUACCUGUCACAGGAAGAGUGGGGGAGCCUGCAUCCGGCUCAGAGAGACGUCGACUGGGACACCCCAGUGGAGAACAAGGGGCUUGGGGUGCAGCGGGAGGACAGAGACAGCACCCAAGAGGACACGCCAGCCAGAGCGGAGUGGGCCAGAGUCCCAGCACAGGGCAGGGACGGUCCAGGCACAGCCAGGCCCCAGAGACCCCCAGCCCGAGGGGGGGCGCACGAGACGGAAAAGCCCUACGUGUGCCCCGAGUGUGGCAAGGCCUUCGGGAAGACCUCGCACCUGACCAAGCACCAGCGCACGCACACCGGGGAGCGGCCCUACCGGUGCCAGGUGUGCGGGAAGGGCUUCAGCGACCGCUCCAACUUCAGCACGCACCAGCGCGUGCACACGGGCGAGAAGCCCUACGCGUGCGCCCAGUGCGGCAAGCGCUUCAGCCAGAGCUCCAGCCUCGUCAUCCACCGGCGCACGCACACCGGCGAGCGGCCCUACGCCUGUGCCCAGUGCGGCAAGCGCUUCAACAACAGCUCACACUUCAGCGCCCACCGCCGCACGCACACGGGCGAGAAGCCCUACGUGUGCACCGCCUGUGGCCUGGGCUUCCGCCGGGGCACGGACCUCCACAAGCACCUGCUGACCCACAGCAGUGGGGAGUGCCCACAGGGCUACACCACGGGGACUCGCCCACCACCCUGGGCUCCAGGAAGCCCCCAGAGCACCACACACACACUUCUGUUGCCGGGACCAGAACUUCCCAGCCACGGUGCCCGCAGCCACCCAUGGACCCCCUGCCCCGGAACCUAAAAACCCUGCUCUCUGGCACCCUCAGGCUCUUCCCGGGGCCCAGCAGGAGGACAUGGCAGGGAACGUGGAUGGACAUACUAGGGUCCUGAACCUGCAGGGUGGCUCUCUACACUGAGGGCUUUCUAUAGUCAAGGAACCCACAGAUCUCAAAUCAGGAUGUUGAAGGGCCGGUUCCUUCCAGAGGCCGAGGGAAAGGCCUGCUGGUGCCUCGCUCCUAUCGGCGGCCAGCAGUCCUUGCCUUGUGGCUGCAUCGCUUGGCUGUGCCCCUCUCGGCCGUCUCUCUUUUGGGGCACAUCACCACUCCAGGCUCACUUGUUG